GUGGUUUCAAAGCACAUGAAAACACUUGAGCAAAAAAAACAGUGAACUUUAUGAUAAGUCAUUAGGUAGUUAAUUCCCGUUCAUUCGGGGUAGGAAUUAUCCAUUUCUUCGUCGUCUUCAUGUCUUCGGUGCUAACUCAUGAAAGUGAGUUUAAUGAAAGCCGAAGAUCAUUCUCAUCUGAUGAUUCUUCGUCUCUUUGCUCCGUUGAUUUGGGACUAGGAUUCGGCUUGAAACCGGGCGGUUUGCCACGAUGCGAGAACGAUUCAAUUAGCAACGAAUUAGAGGUACUUGACUUGUUUCAGGCUGAUACAGAAGAUACGACACAGUCCGAAGAAACUCUAGAAAAAUACCAGCAUCGAUCCAAGCCGUUUACAUGGAGAACCAGUUUACAGGAGAGUGUAGAGCAGUUAAAAGAAAUUAAGGGUGGGUUAAGCCGGAUCUCUAAAUGGAGUUUGAAAAACUUGCCGAAGAGAAGUUUUUCUCUCAAGCUAAGGAACAGAACAAACAGCGAAAGUGCACCUAAUGACGUUGAUAAAGGUUGUAAAGGAAAGGCUUGUGGACUAAGGCGGAUAAAUUCGGCAAGAGAAAGGAGAUCAGUUGCCGAAGAUGAUGAGUAUCGUGCCCUUCAGUGCAAACUUGUGAAAGCCAAACAAGAAAUUGAAAAUUUGACUUUGGAUUUAGAAGUAUGUCAGCAGCAGCUACAAAGCAAAUACGGGGCUGUUAAAAUUAUCCAAAGUCUGUCACGUCUGGAACAAGCACAUCAAAAACAGUGUUCAAGGAAGGCAUUGGAAGCAAGUAAGAAACUUGAGCAGGAGGUGAAUUUUCUUCAGUGGGAACUUGAGCUGAAACAGAGCUACUUGCUUGAUAAUGAACAAACAUGGGCUGAGAGGUUUGAUAGGGUUGCUACAGAAAAUGCUGCUCUGAUGGUUGCCCUUCAGACAAGGUCAGAGGAAUUGAGGAAGGUUGCCAUUGAGAAAAUGACACUUAUGCGGGAUCGUGAUGAGCUAGCAGCGGCCUUGGAAGUCAGAGACAGGAUCAAAUAUGACUUGAGUACUCCCGAGAGGGAAGAAAUCUUGUCCACUGGAGAUCUGAUUGUUGAGCUUGCAACUCUGGGUGCAUGUCAGUGUAGAGGAAAAAAGCAAGAGCCGUGUGCAUGUGCCAGGGCUGCAGUGGACGCCAAAAGGGACAUAGCGAAACUCAAACAUGAGCUUGAACUUGUGCAGCGAAGGGAGGAAGAAGCUCUUCUCGCUGCUGAUGCGUAUCGUGUUGCAUUUGAACAACAACUUGCCAAGAAUUCUUCACUUAUCUAUGAAUUAAUGAAGAGAUCUAGUUGGAGAAAGAAGACUGGCCUCGGCGGGAAAACAAGGACAUUGACGAAACAGGAAGAAGGGGUCAAAUAUGACCAGGAGGAGAUUAUCUGUCAGGUCAACACGUACAAAGAUGAAAUUGUAGAAACGCUUUUGAGCAUGCUCCAUGACAACAGUGAAGCGCUUGCGCACCAAAGACUUGCCACAAAAAUGUUGGCGGCAAAAAUGAAAGAAAUGGAGAAAUGCAGUAACUGUGGAUCGUUACCAACGGCAAGAUAGAUGCGUCGAUCAAUUCGAUGUUUUCAUAUCUCUCCCGGGCAACC